AAUAAAGUAUAUAAAAAUAUGUCAAAAUAAUUAAGAAGACUAGACAGUGAUAGUGAUCUUGAGGAACCAGAAUCCUUAGUUUACAAAUAAAGUAACACUUCAGUUAAUCAAUUUAGUGAAACAAAUGUAAAGAGUACAAGGCAUUUCUCAAAUGAUAACAGAAAUCAUUCAAGAGGAAGAACUCUCUGAAGUAGAAGAUAAACACAAAUACAUGAAAAAUUUAGUUGGACGCAAACUCAGUCAACUUGAUAGUCCUACUGAGUCUGUUAAAUCUUCCCAAUCUUCUAAACCUUUCUAAAGUCCUAAAAAGGCUCUCAAACGAGACACUGUCUUUUUUGAACAAUCUGAUUUCAAUAUUCUAAGCAUAAGAGACUACGAUUACAUUGAGGUAUUUUUCACCAUUUAUAAAUAGAUUAAAAAAUGUGAAAAAUGUGCAAUUCAUGAACAAAGUGAAAUUGAAGCUAGAGCAUCUGCUAAAAAAAUUGUUUCUUUACUUAAAAAAAGACAAGACUACAAUCCUGAUCUCUAAAGUGAUUGGAAUGGAUUAGAAGAAGUUACUACUUAUUCUGCUGACAAUCAAGAACCAAUUGUUGAUUAUCGAUGUCAUAUUGAACCACUCCCUAAAAUGGAAAAAGUUGAAAUUCAUGUUUCAGAUGGAGUCUAUGCUGUUUAACAGGAUGGUCAUUGGCUUACCAAAAUGCAUUCUAUCAAAGAAUUUGUUAAAGAUCUUCUUACUUUUGUUGAAAUUGCUAAUGAUAAAAUGAUUUCCAGUUGGUGCUAUUCACGCAAUAAAUAUCUAGAAUCUAAAUUCAAAAUGCACUGCUUGUUUAAUAGUGAUAGAGAAGCUGAGGAUCAAAAGCGUAUUAAGAAUCGUGAUUUUUAUAGUAUUCUAAAAAUAGACACUCAUAUACAUCAUAGUCAAAGUAUGAAUGGAAAAUAAUUACUUGAAUUUAUGAAAAAAAAAUUCAGAUAAUGUCCUGAAGAAGUUGUUUAUUUGGAUGAUGAAAAAUAAAUGACUCUCAAAGAUAUCUAAAAAAGAUUUAAAUUUAAAACUGAAGAAUUGAAUAUGGAUUUAUUAGAUGUUUAAGCUGAUAAAUCUUUAUACAAAAGAUUUGAUAGGUUUACUAGUAAAUACAGUCCACUUGGAUAACCACUUUUACGAAGUAUCUUUUUAAAGACUGACAAUUACAUUAAAGGAAAAUAUAUUGCUGAAAUCACUUAAGAUAUGAUUAAAAAUAUGGAUAGACAUACUUAUGCUGAAUGGAGAAUUACAAUUUAUGGUAAAUCAAGCAGUGAGUGGAAAAAGAAGGCUUAAUGGCUGAUUAAGAAUAAAUUAUAGCAUCCUAAUAUUAGGUGGAUAAUUUAAUUACCUAGACUAUACUCAGUUUACAGAAAAAAUGGAGAGCUCAAUUCUUUUCAAGACAUGAUUGAUAAUAUUUUUAGACCAUUAUUUGAAGUUACAAUAAAUCCUGAAGUUGAUCCAGAUUUGUAUUAAGCUCUAUUUAGCAUUUCAGCUUUAGAUUGUGUAGAUGAUGAGAAUCAACAUGAAAAUUUCUUUCUUCAACAUCUGAAGAUCCAACCAAUUAAUUGGACUAAAGAUACAAAUCCGCAUUAUGCUUAUUGGAUAUAUUAUAUUUAUGCCAAUUUAGCAAGUUUAAAUUAAUUAAGAUAAUAAAGAGGAUUAAACACUUUAGAUCUUAGACCACAUUGUGGUUUAAAUGGAAAUAUCGAUCAUUUGGCUUGUGCAUAUUUACUUGCUAAAGGAAUCAAUCAUGGACUUAUUUUAGAACAAUCACCAGUUCUAAAAUAUUUGUAUUACCUGAAAUAAAUUGGUAUAUCAAUGUCCCCGAUAGCUAAUAACAAACUGAUAUGUAAAUAUGCAGAUUCACCUUUUAACAGUUAUUUCAGACAAGGAUUAAAUGUUUGUUUAUCAACCGAUGAUCCACUUAUGCUACAUAUGACUGAUUAACCACUUUUAGAAGAAUAUGCAAUAGCUUAAUAGAUAUUUGAUUUAUCUAAUGUUGAUAUGGCUGAAUUAGCUCGUAAUUCUGUUCGUUGCUCUAGUUUCGAAUCCAUCAUAAAAGAGUUCUAUGUUGGAACUCAAUAUGAGAAGAUGUAUAAAACUAUCAGUAAUUAUGAUCAUUUAUUCCUUAGACAAUCCUGAUAAAAAUAAUGUUCCUUAAAGCAGAUUCCUAUUUAGGUAAGAAACACUUAAAGAGGAAUAUCAAUACUUGCAAGAACUCAGCAAGUCUUAAUGA